CACAAAGGCCUUAAUGUCUGUCAGAGCGUGCACAAUACAUUUGUUCGCUUUAUAUUCUUUACUUGACCUAAAUCGUCAUUCCAUUUCAAAUACGCUCAGGUAGGCUUAUUUAUAGUCACCAAAGUUCAAAGUGAGGGGCGUUGAUCCAGUGAAGGACUCUGGAGUAUAUUCUCUUCUUCGGUGACACUAGUUGGCCGGUGAAGAGUGUCGUAGGCUACCAGCAGAAAGCGUCGACCUACAUACAUUGUACAACAAACAGCAGCGUGCCACACAUUUAAAACGACAGCGACUAUCUGUUUCUGUACUUUAAGGAGCCACCACAUUACAGCUACCUGUCAAACAGAACAGUGAACGUGCAGUCAAAAGACGCUUGUUUUUACACCUUGUAAUAAACCUCCGAUAUAAUAUAAUACCGGAGAUCGCCUUGCAGGCCUUGUGACCUGUGUCUCUCAGACGUUUAACACGCAUCUUAUCUAGCGUCUCGCGUUGAUUAAUAAAGUAGCCAACGACGGAGGUCGCGUCCCAGGCUGAUAGUUAAGUAGUGACAGCCAUAAAAGAGACAGAAACGCGCGAGUGUGUGGUCAGAUGUUUCACGGACACACGGCAUUAAGCACCGUGACAUUAACGUGUGACACAGGGCGCGUGUGGCACGCAGUCUUAGUCACAAACGACGAGACAAGAGGCAGGUCGGUUGCUUCCAGGUAAAAACCGCACACAAAUAUAGGACCUUCAAUGUCGUGAUAUCAGAUGGGGGAAUUUCAACUUUCUAAACAUGACGGAUGAUUCAUAUAUAUAUAUCUGCCGGCCAUAGACUGAUCAGUCAACUUUGUGGAAUUCAAAAUAUUGUAGCAGCAGACAUUGGAGUGUCACAACACACACAGGUAGACAGUAUUUUCAGAGUAACCACUACAAAAAUCAGCACCCCUUCGACGACCGAGUCUAAUCAAUCAAGCACCAGUACUUUGCCCCAGCCAUAGAGUGUGUGAUACUAUACACCCUGUAUACGAAGAUGACGGGGCAAAGCCACCGGUCACUGGGCUAUAGCGUUCUAUGGACAAUCCUUGUCACAUCAGUCAAAGCAGAAAGUCAGACAUGCCACGACAAAUUCAAGGUCUUUCCCGGACACACGGCUUGCUUGGAACCCUCUCAGGACGUCCACCUGGCGAUUUCAGGUGUGUCCUAUUCAGAAAAGAGAGAGAUAGUGAACCUACACAACGAGUUUCGCAGCAAAACUCGAUACCUCGCAGCAAACAUGCAAAAAAUGUACUGGGAUGAUGAGGUGGCGUUGCUAGCACAGAGGUGGGCCGACACAUGCCCCACAUACAGUAACCCACAUGAGGACGGCGUUCUAAGGAGCAUUCCAGGUAGAUUCAACCGCCUGGGCCAGAACGUGGCGUGGGGUUACACGUCUUGGAGUGGGGUGCUAAAAGCGUGGUGGGGCGAGUUGAAGGACUUCAAAUACGGAUUUGGUUCUAUUAAUGGAAAGGCCAUCGGUCAUUACACUCAGAUGGCAUGGGCGACGUCGGCAAAGAUCGGAUGCGGUUUUGCAAUGUGCGGCGUUACAAGGACGUUUGUUUGUGAUUAUGCCCAAGUAGGAAAUAUAGGAACGCCCUCUGACCCCAACGCCAGGUACAAACCGUAUAGAGAGGGAAACAACAGGUGUGAAGCGUGUCCAGAUAACUGUCAAAACGGGCUGUGUGAUUGCUUGGGAAAAGUAUGUCAUAACGGAGGGACGUUGGACCUCAGCACAUGUAAAUGUUCGUGUCCCAGUACAGCCAUGGGAUUCUUUGGCGACCUCUGCGACCUUAACUGUAGCCAGAGCAGAGAUAAUACUUACGCAUGCGCCACAACCGGCGGGCCGUUUACCAAGACAGAUUGCAGGAACUUUGCAAAUGUCGCAGAGUAUUGCCCUAAUAUGUGUAACAUUUGUCCAGCUGGCGGAGUAGACUACAAAGGGGAAGACGGCGUAUACAACAUAGUGACAACACCGCCACCAUCAACAGCUACAACAUUGCAACUAUGUAUCUCAAACCUCUGCCUUACAAUAAUAGUCCCAUACGUCUGCUAUUACCUAAGUGUUUACAUUACAUAAUAUGACACUAGUGCUAGUAUAGAAUGUCAUAUUUUAGGCGACGUUAUCCUCAAUUAACAUUCCUUGGAGUUUUAUCUCUUUUCAUAUUUUUGAUAUUUUUUUCUAUCUACUUUUGUCAAGAGAAUUGACUUCCUUUAUACUACGUCGUGUUGUCGAAAGGUUGUAGUAUUACUGCCUUAUAUCAGACUGUUCGUUUGUGUUUAAGGCACUUGUUGAGAUAAAAUACGGUCGAUACAGAUUGAUGGGAUUUUACAUAUUUAGUACUGAAGUGAAUUCUUGCAAAUGAGCCGAAAUGAAUGUCGACUUAAUAUAGAUUGCGUUUCGAAUAUCUGCGAAGCGAUCUAAUUUUUUUAAUCUUUCUCAAUGUUUAUUUCAUUGGCUUUAAUUGCAAGCAAUGGCCAAACUAUCUCUUAUAUCAAUAUGCACUGCCUUAAAGAUAUGCAUUUAUUGCAAAAUCAAGUAAUAUUUUGUCAUUUUGGUAUUUUAUACUAUGAUUGGGAGAGUGGUUUUCUGGGAUGUAAGUUUUCUUCAACUCAAACAAUAUGAAGCCAAUUUUGUAAAAUUUUACGAAAAAUAAUGGUCCCAUUUAUUAAUCAUA